AUGGGCAUCGGCGCGUUCCUCAAGGGCGCCGUCAAGGGCGUCAAGGGAGCCGUCAAGAAGAUCCUCCCCAAGAAGGACGAUUCCAAGGGAUCAGCCGCCGACGCCAAGGCGCCUCUCAUGAACUCGGCCUUCGUGUUCAUCAAGCCCCACGCCAACACCCGAGCGGUGCAGGACCUCGUCGUCGCCAAGCUCACCUCCAAGAGGGUCAAGAUCCUCGCCGAGGGCGACAUCGCCGCGGCCAAGAUCGACAAGGACAAGCUCAUCGAUCAGCACUACUACGCCAUCGCGUCCAAGGCGACGCUGCUGAAACCCGAACAGCUCCCGGUGCCCGAGGCAAAGUUCGAGGCCAAGUUCGGCGUUUCCUGGAAACAGGCGCUCGCGGACGGUCUCGUGUACAACGCCAUCGACGCGUGCGCCAAGCUCGGCGUCGACGCCGACGGCCUCGACGCCAAGUGGCAGGCGGCAAAGGCGGCGGGCGACAUGGAGAAGUUCGGCGGCGGCUUCUACGGCGCCAAGCUCGGCGACGGCAUCUUCGUCUUCAACGGCUUCUUCAUGACCAUGCGCGCCGCCUUCGUCGCGCCCGGAGCGUCCAUCCACUACUACGUCGUGGAGUGGGACCCUGCCGACUUAAAGUGGAGCGAAUUCCGCGGCGAUCUCCUCGGCCCCACGGAUCCGGCAGUCGCGCCCCUCGCGUCCCUCCGGGGAGAGAUUUACGCGGAAUGGAAAGCGCUCGGCCUUCCCAACGAGCCGUUCACGGGCGAGAACGGCGUGCACGCGUCCGCGUCGCCCCUCGAGGGCCUCGCCGAGCGCGCCAACUGGCUCAAGGCGUCCGUCUCGAAGGAUUCCUUCGGCAAGGCGGCGCUCGCGGCGGGGGUGCCUAGGAAGGCGUUGGACUCCUGGUUCGUGGACCCGCGGGUGCGGGUGAAGGGCGGCGAGUCGGGGAGCGUGUUCGACAUGCUCGAGGACCUCGACGCGGACGAGUGCCUCGCCGCGAUGCUCACGAUCGAGAGGGAGUGA